AAUCAUCUUACUAUAGUUUGACCUUCAAGUGCUCGCAAACUCCACCAGUGGACGAUACCCUUGAAGCUUCUAGUCUCUGUAUCGACCUCUAAUGCUGCAGGCGAUUUAUCCAUAUGAAGGUCCUUUUCCCGGAACCUUGAAGUUUUCUCGAGACGAAAUAUUUUUAGAUAUCCGAGAGGAAAACGAGUAUUGGCGUUUGGUUUCCAAAACCGACGGGACUCUAGGAUGUGUCCCUACUAAUUUUGUUAAGCGAUAUGAGGCUAAAGAUGAGGAUUUUGUUCAGCAGUUAGCCAAAAAAGCUCUAGCGAACCUAACAGCCAAUUCGUCGGAGGAACUUCAGGGAAAAGAAGACUUAGUGAAGUAAUUCGACUUCUCUACAUUGCUGUUUUAGACGUUUGCUUCAAAUAUCCAAGAGGAAACCAGACGAAAGUACAGCACUUUGUGGAGAACUUUCUGGGCUAAAAAUAAGUGCUCCUGAAAAACCUGUAACUAUGACUGGAACAGGUUGGUUGUACUUUCCUAUACUUCUGUCUUAGCAUCCGGGUGGCACCAUCUCUCACACUAAGUUGACUUAAAAGAUAAGACAUGUUAAUACCGAGGUCAUCGUUCAGUAUACGAUAAGCGAAUAUUAGAUCACCCCGUAUUCUACGGUAAGGUAACGGAAAUAAGUUGAUGUGUCUCAGUCUGUCUUCGUAAGACGGCAGAUAGACCUUUCAACAUCUUAGUACAUCGUCGUUGGUUUCUUUCCAGCAUCUCUGCUUCGUACAUGAAACAAGGACUCGCUGCUUGAAUCCCAUAUUCUAAAUGUGGUCGCACAUAAAUCGGGUAUAAUAAUUUAAAAUUUUCGUCAUCUAAAUACUAGAAAGACCUAUGAAUAGACCAUAAUACCCUAUAGUCUUUCGCAGCAGCAGCCUUACAGUGACUAGUGGUUUUGAGAUCAUUGCUUAAUAUGACUUCUUAAUGUUACUAGUUUCUUACUUUGGGUAGCACGAGUCCACAUAUUGUAUAGUGAUACGAUUCAUCAUAGUUAUUUAAGUGCAUCACCGCACUCUUAUUAGGAUUCGCUUCUAGUGACCACCUGUCUAACCAUGCCACCAUUGAGCAAAGAUCAUCCUGUAAUACUAUUCUAUCCGACAUACUGUGUAUGAGUCUCCGAAUUUUUAUGUUAUCAGCGAGGAGUAGAACGGAUGAUUUUGCUACAGUUGGUAAUUCAUUUACAUAAAGUAAAAAAAGAAGAGGCCCGAGGAUUGUAUCUUGGGGAACUCCACUUUUUACAGGUACUCACGAGGGGGGAGCUCCAUUAACCCUUACCCUUUUGUCUCCUGUCAUGGAAAAAGUUACUUGUCUAAUCUACGACUGUAUAAUGGAUUCCAAAACGUUCCAGUUUGGAUUUAAGACCAGAAUGGGAGACCUUAUCGAAGGCCUUACUUAGAUAUAUGAAGAUCACAUCUACAGGAAUAUUCCGAUCUUUUGCAGCAGCCCGAUCUUCUCUUGCAAUGAGAAGAUUUGUCAAGCAUGAUAGGCCUCUCUGAAAACCAUGUUGUUUCCUGGAGAAAAGAUUAUGCCGUUCAACAUAGUUUAUAACAGAUAUCAAUGAUUUUUUCCAUCAGUUUUACAACCUCACUAGUCAAGCUAACGGGUCUAUAGUUACUAACUAAAUCCCUACUCCCAGCCUUAUACAUCGGGCUUAUUAUAGCGUCUUUCAAGUCUCUGAGCAGUCUGGACUGCCCAACUAAUGUCAUAUUAUUGCUUUAUAUUCUCAUCACUAAAUUAAUAUUCGUAGUUGUGAAAUAACUCGUUCGUAGGGAACUAUGCGGAUAUGUCGUGUACUUAUAUUUGAAGUAUUAAUAAUGUGUGGUGAAGUGAGGUUUCUUUCUACUCAUUUAAUGUUCAAUUGGUAACCGUAAGUUAAUAUUGUCAAGUUAAAAAUAUAGGCUUUUUGCCGUUAGUGCCCAAUUUCUAUGCGCCUCGUAUGCCCGAUAUAAAACACAGUCAGACAGAAAGUUUGUAGCUUUAGUUUCGUUCCAUUGUUGUAGUUCGUUUGCAAAGUACAGCUUCGUAUACGAGAUGCUCAUGUUUACCAGGUUAGUUUGUAAUUUGAACUCGAUCCAAUCAAAACCUGGGACCGGAAACAAACGUCCGUUGCUACUAUAUUAUUACCGUAAAGUUUAUAAGAUGAAUAAAAAGGUGGAAACAGUAGUACUACUAUUUGUCAUAAGAAGAAAACUAGUCACGGAAGGUAUGAUUUAAAAUGACAAUAAAGGGAACAAGUGUGCGGAAUACUAUCGGGACUCAAGGUCUGAGGGAAGAUAAUGAAUAAAUGAUGUGCCACUACGAUUUUGAACUUAAGAUUUCCCUGUUUUCUUAACGGUUGCGCCGCCAGGUAGCAUCAUCCUUUAAGGUUGGUGUUAGUUAAACAUACGUUACAUAUUUUAACUGAAAGGAGUACCAAAGAAGUACAUUAACCUUGUAAAGGCUCUCUACUCAAACACAACUGGUCGAGUGAGAGCUUAUGGCGAACUGUCAUCAGAAUUGAUUACCUCAAGUGGUGUUCGUCAUGACUGUCCACUCUCUACAUUCUUGUUUAACUCUGUCGUUGACGUGCUUUUAGAGAUGACACUUUCCUCAUCCAAAUUUCCAGGGGUUGAACGUCUACCGGGAGAUUCACUUUUCGACCUAGAAUAUGCCGAUGGCAUAGUUCUAUUUGGUGAAGACGCUGACAAAAUGCAGUCUUCUGACCACUCUAAACAACAAUGCAAACAUGUUCGGGAUGCGAUUCUCCCCCUCGAAAUGCAAAAUUUUGCUUCAGGAUUGGGUUGCAUCGACACCCGAACUAAUGAUAUGGAGUGAAGUAGUUGAGCGUGUCGAUCGCUUCACUUACCUUGGAAGUCUCAUCAGCCUUUGUGGUCUGGUGUGUGACGAAAUCUCAGCAAGGAUACAGAAGGCUCGAUUAGCUUUUACCAACUUGCGUCAUUUAUGGCGUAGGCGAGAUAUCCGUCUAUCAACCAAAGGACGUGUUUACUGCGCAGCAGUUCGUUGCGUCCUACUUUAUGGCAGUGAAACAUGGCCGGUAAGAGUAGAGGAUAUUCGUAGGUUACUAGUAUUUGAUCAAAGGUGUCUUCGAAGCAUUGCUCGUAUAUCCUGGGACCAUCGAGUAAGUAACACAGUUGAUAGGAAACGGGUACUAGGUAAGGAUGGCAAAUCAAUUGGUGAUGUAGUGAAUUUUCAUCAGUUGAGAUGGCUGGGACAUGUGUUACGUAUGCCCAAAGACCGACUGCCUCGAUGUGCGAUGUUUUGUUGUAUAGGAGUAGACUGAAAGAAAGCUAGGGGCGGCCAGACCAAAGCAUGGCACAAGUCCAUGAAGUCACUGACAAGUAAACCGAAUCAUGUUGGUAGAUGUAGACUACCUGGUUGGGGACCGCGAGAUGAUAGCAACCGACUGUUGGAGACCCUGAAUGACAUGGCUCAAAAUCGUUUGCAAUGGCGCAGGUGCAUCCACUCUCUGUGUUCUCCCAGAUUCUAAUCUUCUGAAUUCUCCAUGUCCCUUUUUUCCUCUUUCCAAAUUUAUUUCACUGGAUUAUACUCUUUAAAUAACAUCUCCAAACACUAAUUUUUCUGAUUACUGCUUAUACUCUUAUUACCUCUACCACUACGGGAUUUGAAUCGACCACUGCAUCUGUGUGCUAAUGUGGUAUGGCAACUCGAACUGAUGUACGUACGUACAAAGUUCUACGUUGUUACUGACUGACUGACAUAUUUUAACCGCAUUAGUUGACGGAGAUUCACUUGCUAAUCUUUACGCAGUACCCUGUACUUACUCUGAUAUAAUAGGGGAUAAAAGGUGAACUACAAAAUCAUAACAAGAAGGUUCAUACGGCAUGUAAGUAAAUAAUCAAGUACAUUGCUUAGUUAGUCCCAGUUUAGAUGGAGAUCUGGCCAAGAAAAACUUUCAGUUAAGUGACCUUAUCUUACAUCCAUGGAGAAUGUAAUUGAAAACUCCUGGAUCGCUAUCAACCUUCAUUAUGAGCUAUACUUGGUAUCUUUUUAAGUCGCGAUGUUUCAUUACCCCAGUUAAGGGGUCGUGAGUGACCAACAUACAUUCCUUACAUCUAUCUUUUAUAUCACGAUACCAUGCCAUAAAUUUGAUGGCACUCCACUCUCACCUAGCUCCAAUCUUGGCAUAUAGUAGUUGUAGAGAUCUCUAGGAUGGCUUUGUGAAGUAGAACCAUGUCACCAAGUUCGGUGUUUAAAGCUGGUGUCACCAGUCGAAUUAUCGUCACCACCCAAGCACCUCGGCGUUACUGCCUUGACUUUGUGAAUGGAUGGCGACCCUCUAGAGAUAACGAUGAUCGGAAACAGUCACCAGACAUCCACAACUCGAUCAUCAUACAGUUAUUCGACAAAUGUCAGUCACUCAGUAUACUUAUCCUUUAAUAACGAGACUUUCAGAGUAAAUAAGUUGUUCAACACUACUACGUCACUUCCCAUAUACAAACUGAGCAACAACACAAGCCAGUCUUCGAACAACAGUUGGAAUUUGGGAGGAUCGAAAUACAUCUCAAGCACUUUUGCAUUGUUGCUUGAGGUGUCCGAAACACUUCAUUUUAUGUUUGGUUUUCAUUUGUAAGGUAUCCUCUGUCUAAAUAACUUAUGAAUUUUUGUACCAAUAGUGAUAAAUGUUCCAUUUACGACCUUUUUUUCUAGUUGGAUUAAUACCUGGAAAACCUUCCCCUGCUAAACAAAGCAUUGGUUUACCAAAGAAUUUUGAAUCCUGCUUAGUGGAUACAAUCAGACUUGGUACAAAUUGCUCAUAUGCAGAUUGUCGAUCUGUCUAUUAUGCAAUUGUUGAUUUACUGUCCACUAUUCCGGAGCUAAAACAAAAUUUUCAAGGCUAUAAUUCAACCUCAUAUACAGUGGAAACCGAACUGGAUUAUUCACGAAGUCCUGAUUGGUAUCUUCUUAAAAUUAAACUUGGAUAUUUUGAAUCCCGACAAAGUAAUGAUCAAGAAUGUAAUUGGGGAUUGCAUGAGGACAGUCAUGAAAUCGUUGAACGCCUAAAUGAGCUAAAUACUCUUCUGGUAAUUGUUAUUGUUUCUGUUAUAUUUCAACUAGCUUUCACUGUUCCACUUUUUGAUAAACACUACUAUCCUUAACAGUGUUUUUAGUUUUUUACACAAUUGCGAUUGUUCUAGUGCGUAGAAUCAUUACAAUUGAUUUUUAGGCAAUACUUUGACAGUAACUGCUGUUUUAAUGCAACCUUCCCCAUUUGUUUGAUCUGUAUCAGAUUCCAGGAAGUUGUUCUAGUCAAAGUUCUAACAUUGUCAAAUAUUUCUUAUAUGGUUUGUUACAUGCAAUAUCCUAGGUUCCUUCACGCCAUCCGGCUCAAUAACGUGAAUCACUAAAGGGUCGGUCCAUUGUAAAUAACCAUAUGUUGACUAACCGCUUACCAUUUAGUUGGAAAUUCUAUUAUAAAGAGAUGAACAAGUAUUUAAGUAUAUUGUAAAGUAUAUUUAAUUCACACUUAGCGCAACUCACUAACCGGUCCCAGCUCCAUGUACGCGGCUUUGAUCCAAACUUAAAAGGCGAGGAUUGAUGGAAGUAUCUAGCUGUCGAAACCGAGAUCAAUAAGGCCAAGUCCUAAUUUACGACUCCCGAUCUUUAUUAUUUACACUGUAUUCAGCGGUACAUCAAUCUAGUAGCCCUCAUCUGAUAAAAAUGAUUGCAUAUCAUUCAAACACUAUUUGACCAUCAUUACUAGUUUUGGCAGGUGCUUAUGGCUGUCGGUUUUGUUUUCUGUUGAGAUCUUGCUCUAGAAGAAUGAUCAUUUAUUUUAGACAUGUUUGUUGGAAAUUUUCAGUUUUUUGACCCGCUAAUCAUUUAGAUUUUAUAUUAAGUUAGUUCACUUUUAUUGGAAAAGGUGUCAUAUUCAUUUCCAUUUAUUAUCAUAUUUUAGGAAAAAGCUGAUCCAAAGUUAGUUGUUUGCUAUCUACAUUCGGUAAAAUUUCUACCAGUGCUCUCUCUUGUUGGACUAUAUCAACGCGAAACCAGGAAUGAAAUAAGAUCUAAGCUCCUUAGAUCUGUCGGUAUUUUGUGUUCCCUGGAUGCCUCUUGCAUUCGUAUUUGCCUUGGGUCAGUUCUACCAACUGAGCUUAUUCGUGAGCUACGAGGUUCUUCACCUUGUGGUAAUUUACCCUUUUUCUUCAUUUUAUCUUUUUCGCGAAGUGUAAACUCCAUUUUCGCUCUUUUUACAAAAACAUUAUUCUGUCACAACAAAAAUGAUUACGCAAAUGUUUAUGCUGAAAAUUAAGUCAUAAAAGAAAAUUAUAUUUUUUAAGAUAGCCCUUAAAAUUAAGUAGUUCCGUUUCGUCGCGAAUUUCUUCGUCACAGAAAUAAUCAGAACUAAUUUUUAAGUGUGAGUGUUCUUAAUAUAAGUACUUAAUACUACUGUGCACUAAGCUAAUAGUUCUCAGAUCCUAUGAAUGGGACUGCUUCUAUCCUCUUUUUGAGAAGCUUUUUUGAUAAAGAAUUGUCUAGAUCCGAGUUACUUCAAUCAUAUACCAAUUGAACUUGAUGAUUAUUAACUGCAGAAUUUUACUAAACUGACAGUACCUCAUAUACUCAACAAGAUUACUAGUUAUUAAUCAUAGGUUCUCACCUCGCUCUUCCUAAUUCGGUUUGGGCGGUCAGCAGCACGGCUCAAAAUCAAGCUCGUAAACUUCUAUUUAGUAAAUUAGUUAGACUAUUAUUUUUACAUAGUCGAUAUUGACAGUCAUCUUGAACCAUAGCUCGUCGUACUUAUUUCAUUUUGUACUUCUGGUUAUUAUCCCUAUUUUUUAGAGAUAAUCUAAUCUAUAGCUUAGCAGCCAUCUUUUGAUAGAUAUUGAGUUGAAGGUUUUCUCAUUCAGAAUGUAGUAGUUUUAAUGCAUGAGAAUACCUCAAAUAAUUGUAAGGCAAAACUCAUUAAUGGUCGUUUUGUAUUCGAGUGAUUGACAGUAGCGGGAAAUGUCUUGUUAUGUGUCGGGUAGAGAUUGGAAACUUCAUGCACAUGCUUUGUAGAAGUAAACCGAGCGCCGGUAAUGAUUACCGUCAUGGAGUUUUUAAAACGAAUUAAGAUGAUGCAGAGAAAAAAGUUCUUUUCAGUAAUAUUAUUUAAUAAAGCUCGCGUCUUUCAGUUCUAUAUACCCUUCUGACUAUCAACAACUGAUUACAAAACAAUCAUCAGUUUCAGUCACAACAAAGAUCGCGAAUUCUAGUCAUGCUUUCUGUUAGCGGGACAUAGACUAGAUUAAAGCAUGCUCAAUGCAUGAUUGCUUUGGUGCACGCUGAUUGGCUGAUUCUUAUCCAAUCAGCACUAGUCGAUAGUCGGAGAAUACUCUGGAAUCUUCUUAUGUAAAAACUAUAAAUAUACCGACGUUUUCCCUAUUGUGCUUCUGGCUUGCAUCUUGCCUCCAUCUAACCUUGUUAUUUGGAAUAUAAUCUCUUUCCUGUUCAACCGUGUUCUGAUUUGGGGUCCUGUCGAGUGAAUCGGUGUCCAAGAAUACUAAGCAAUAGGAAUAGCUGGGUCAUAACCGUAAGAAGAAAGAGAUUAUAACAGUGGCGGCGGGGAAAAACUAAAGAAAAAUGGCAAUUUCUUUAGAACAGUUGCGGUUAAUAUUACAGCACCAGCAGUUGUUAGCCUUGCAACAACAACUAUUGAGCACACUUUUCACUCGACCAGAAAAUAGGAAAUCUGUUUAUGAUGCAGUAACAGACAUUUCAGAAGCAUAUCUAGUGGAGGGUUCAAAUCCCUUUAUACCUGAAUCAGAACGUAAUAUUUGUAACGUGUCCGGCUCACAGCAAGAAAAUACUGUGCUGAAUGCUCAUAAAGUUGUGGCAAUACGAAAUGAUCAAGAGCCAGACCCUGUAGAUUAAGCCCGGAGUCCAGAAUUGAAUGAAACACUACUGGUCCUGUCUAGCUCUGAAAAUAAACUUCAGCUAGAACAAAAUUAUGGUCCACGUGAUAUUAGCCGAAAAAGCUAUGGGGACUCGUAUUCAGAAAAUAACUGCAGUGACACGAUGAACCCAAAUAUACUGAAUGUUACUCAAAAUCAUUGUGAGAUAGAAAUUUAUAUUGAAUCAGCUUAUCCGAUUUCUAAUGACAAUGUAUCAGAUAUGGGUUCUCAGAAUAAUGCAUGUAAUUUUGAUGAAAUUUCUUAUAAAAAUCAGGAAGAUAUGUCAGCCGAGUCCAAAUCUCUUCCUUUGGUAGCUGCCUUUCAAACAAACUAUGACAUUCAGAGAAAGUAUGUUACCAUCCAGAUAAACGGCAUAUCAGCUCGUCUUCAAAUUGACACGGCAUCAGAUAUCACGUUAGUGUCUAGAGAAACGUAUAACUUGCUGGGUAAACCGCCAAUGAAGCCAUCUAAGAAAACGGCUAAAAACGCAUCAGGUGGUGUGCUAAAACUGGUUGGUGAAUUACAGUGUGAAUUUUCCUUCAAUGGAACUAACUGUACAGGAAUAUGUUACCUAACAGAACGGCCGAACCUUGAUCUUCUUGGUCUAGAUAUGCUAGACAAACUUGGAAUAAUGGAUAUACCAAUUAACAGUGUCUGUAACGUAUCGUGUUCAUCAUUGGACACCCCAUUACUUCCAAAGAAGACAGGUGAACGGUUACUAGAAAAACUGAAAAGAAAGUUUGCCUCUGUUUUUCAGAAUAGCCUUGGCCACUGUACCAAGAUGAAAGCGCACUUACCAGUGAAACCAGAUGCCAUACCUAUUUUUCGCCCGAGACGUCCUGUACCAUAUGCUGCUCUUGAGCUAGUCGACCAGGAACUUAAUCGCUUGCAGCAGGCUGGUGUAAUCCGACCAGUUAACUACUCUGCAUGGGCCGCACCGAUUGUAGUGAUUAAGAAGGCCAAUGGGACUAUACGCAUAUAUGCCGAUUUCUCGACCGGUUUAAAUGCUGCAUUAGAUGUAUAUCAAUAUCCCUUACCAGUUCCGGAAGACCUGUUUGCCAAGCUUAAUGGUGGGACAUGUUUCGCGAAAAUAGACUUCUCCGAUGCUUAUCUCCAAGUGGAAGUAGAUGAAGAUAGUAGAGAGCUUCUGACCAUUAACACUCAUCGAGGGUUAUUUCAAUACACCCGUCUACCAUUUGGCAUCAAGACCGCACCCGCCAUCUUUCAGCAAAUAAUGGAUACGAUGCUAACAGGUAUACCUGGUACAGCAGCUUAUCUAGAUGAUAUCAUAGUUAUGGGUUCAACUGACAGUGAACUUUCUGAUCGACUACACCAAGUUCUUAACCGAGUGUUGGAGUAUGGUUUCCAACUACGUGAGGAAAAAUGUAUCUUCUUCAUGCAUUCGAUCAAAUACCUUGGUUUUAUCUUAGAUAAGAACGGUCGCCGACCAGACCCUGCUAACAUCGAAGCCAUUCAGAAGAUGCCUGCACCAACUGAUGUUUCUUCAUUAAGAUCCUUCUUGGGGUUAAUCAGUCAUUACAGCACAUUCUUGCCUGAAAUGCACCGAGUGAGAGGUCCCCCAAAUGAAUUACUAUCGAAAGAUAAACCUUGGCAGUGGUCAGCAGAAUGUCAAGCAUCUUUUGACAGAGUCAAAUCAAUGCUCAGCUCAAAGAUUCUUUUGACGCACUUCGAUCCCAGCUUGGAAAUUGUUGUUGCAUCUGAUGCCUCUAGUCAUGGAGUUGGAGCAGUGAUAUCUCACGUGUUUCCGGAUAAAUCAGAAAAGACAAUUGCCCAUGCUGCUAGAUCACUUACUCCAGCCGAGCGAAACUACAGCCAAAUUGAAAAGGAAGCUCUUGCAAUCAUUUUCGCAGUCAAAAGAUUUCAUAAAAUGCUCUAUGGUCGUACAUUUACUCUACUGACAGAUCACAAACCUUUGAUUGCAAUCUUUGCUUCUAAGAAAGGAAUCCCUGUCUAUACGGCUAAUAGACUACAGCGCUGGGCAACAAUGCUCCUGAGUUAUGAUUUUAAUAUCAAGUAUCAGUCGACAAAUACUAUCGGUCAAGCUGACGCUCUCUCCCGAUUAAUUGGAGUUCAACAUCCUGGACCAGAGGAUAUAAUCAUUGCCUCCACAGCAGUAGACCCAGAAAUACGAAGUAUAGUGGCAGAUGCCAUUCGAAACACUCCAGUGUCGUCAGAUGAAGUCAGGGAAGAAACGCUUCGAGACCCAACACUACAAGAAGUUAGAAAGUUCCACCUAGAAGGGUGGCCCUCGAAAAUCUAUUCCACAGAGCUUCAACAGUUUUACCAGCGAAGACUCUCUCUUUCAAUCAUCGAUGACUGUCUGCUGUUUGCCGAACGUGUCAUAAUUCCCAAGAAGCUACAACCAGCAGUGCUUGAACAGUUGCAUGCAGGACAUCCUGGAAUAAAUCGCAUGGAAGCACUAGCACGAAGUUAUGUAUACUUGCCGCAUUUAGACACCCAACUGGAGCAGCUAUCCCGUUCGUGUACCAAAUGUGCAUCAGUAACAAAAGCACCGCGAAAAGAAGAGCUGCAAUCAUGGCCAAUACCACAGUCACCGUGGCAGCGUAUACAUUUGGACUUUGCUGGUCCACUUCAUGGACAAACUUACCUUUUGGUGGUUGAUGCAUAUAGCAAGUGGCCAGAAAUUUUUCUCAUGGAACACCCGACUGCAAGCUGCACAGUCAGUAAACUACGUCAACUAUUCAGUCGUUUUGGAAUCCCGGAAUUGAUAGUUAGUGACAACGGAACACAGUUUACGUCCGAAAUCUCACAAUUUUGUCGGCAGAACGGAAUCCAGCACCUCCGAACACCUCCAUACCAUCCCCAAUCAAAUGGCCAAGUGGAACGCUUUGUGAGUACAUUUAAAAAUGCUUUAAAAAAAUCCAAAGGGGAAGGGACCACUGAAGAUAUCUUAGAGAGUUCCUGUUUAUUUAUCGUUCUACACCGAACCCUCAGACAAUUAACGGGGUCUCUCCAGCAGAAGUUCUACUUGGCAGAAAGAUACGAACACAUUUCGAUGUCAUCCGUCCUACGCCAGCUAUUGAACCCCAACGAAACCUAUCGAUGGAGAAUCAGUUUAACCGACAUCAUGGGGCACAAAGACGAUUGUUCACGGUGGGACAAAAAGUGCUUGCUAUGGACUAUCGUGGGAAACAUCCUACAUGGACAGCUGGUCGGAUCUUGAAAAAGAAGGGGAGUGUGGUUUACGAGGUGUCAGUUGGCUCGGAAGUUUGGGUACGUCAUGCUAACCAAUUGAAAGCAACCUCGAUAGCCAGCAACAAGAUUCAAUAUCGAUUACCUCUUGAUGUUCUGCUAGACACCUUUAAAAUCAAAACGCCGGGAAUAGACACAUCAGUUUCUGUGCAAGGAAAGAGUGAUACUUCUUUAUUGCCUAGACGAUGGACUAAUCGAAAGCACAGGCCAGUCACUCGGUUGCAGUUGGACCCUAGCACCAGAUCCUACGAAUCUGCUCAGAAGGGAGGUGUUAGCGGGACAUAGACUAGAUUAAAGCAUGCUCAAUGCAUGGUUGCUUUGGUGCACGCUGAUUGGCUGAUUCUUAUCCAAUCAGCACUAGUCGAUAGUCGGAGAAUACUCUGGAAUCUUCUUAUGUAAAAACUAUAAAUAUACCGACGUUUUCCCUAUUGUGCUUCUGGCUUGCAUCUUGCCUCCAUCUAACCUUGUUAUUUGGAAUAUAAUCUCUUUCCUGUUCAACCGUGUUCUGAUUUGGGGUCUUGUCGAGUGAAUCGGUGUCCAAGAAUACUAAGCAAUAGGAAUAGCUGGGUCAUAACCGUAAGAAGAAAGAGAUUAUAACACUUUCCUCUACCACGUAUUUCUUUCAAAAACCUUUUGCCGAACUAGUCAGGCCGAUCCAAAAAAUACGAAUCGAAACGUGUAAAUAUCAUCAUUAAUUUCAUUCCUCAUCCUACUAUGAUCCAUAUCUCCUAAUUUUUUUAGUCUUUUUGAUCACUUUGUUCCUUCUUAUUUAUUUAAACACACAGACAUUAGUACGCGGCGGUACCAAGCAGAUGUGCGCAACAUAAGUCACUGGAUUUGUGUGAGGGCUGGGAUACUGCCCGGGUGCCCAAACCGAAGCAGGUGGUUUUCUUAGGAGGCCACACCCCGAGCCUUUGACCUAAAGAUCUGAUCCACAAGGCAGUGGAGCAAAGUCAGGUUUUGCAGUCCCAUAGUAGCCGGUGACCAAUGGUUCGUUCAUACUCCAUUUGUCCCUUCAGGAUCCUGGAGCCCAUGUGCACCAUUGGUUUGGAAUCAGGGUUCCCCAACUCCCCUAGGUGGACUCUCCGUGUCCACCGACCCGUUUAAAGCGCCGGACAUUCGUUUCUUCAUUGUCUGUAUAUUUGCUAAGUAGACAUUUAAAUUUCACUUCGUAACUACCAAUUAUUUUCAUCCUAUUGUCUCAUUAUUCUCUAGGGUACUAAACAACUUUUGUUUGAUGUUUUAAAAUGUUUAGUCACUUCGUUAAGAAUGCAAUACUCAAUUUUAUCGUCGAUUGAUCUAUAUGGACUGUGAUUUGGCUGCUUUAGUAAAUCAUUUCAUUUGGAGAAAAUUUCUGCCGAAUUAUCUUAAAUUUUUAUGCUUAAAUUAAGCAUGAUAACCAUUCUUUAAAAUGUGAUUCUAGCUAAUUAUUUUGGAUUUUCAUAUUUUUUUAUAUUUACAUUUUCCAAUUUAGAGAUUCCACAUCUUGCUUUACAGUUACGAUUUCUUUCUAUAUUAAUUAGUCAGUCUCAGACUCUUCCUGUUGACUUGUACAGUAAGUUGAAUUUCUACUGUAAUGUGUUCAGUUAGUCUGUGGUACAAGUAAUAAUUGUGAGACCAAAAGAUUGCAUUAUUUUCUAAAUGCUUUUUUUACAAAAAUUUACGCUUUCUUAGUUUUGUAGCCGAAGCACUUGUAACAACAUAUGGUUAAACUUUGUUCCAGAAAACGAUAUUUCAACACUUUUUGAUCUCAAAUAUCUCAGCUUAGUAUACUUUGGAAUGCAUAGGUUUUACAUCAUCAGGCUGGUUACAUUCAUUAUUUGAAUUGUUUAUUAUAUGUUACUUAUCCAAAUAUUUGAAUCCAUUGUUUAUUACUAGAAUAUUUAAUUAUCUUUCAUUCUAGGAUGAAAAUCCAGCCAUCAUGGUGUAGUAAGAAUAUCAAUUUCAUUUGUUUAUGUUGGUACUGAAGUAUUUAUUCUUAAAGAGUUUAAAUCACUUUCUCCUAUCGUUUGCUAGAUAUUGUAUGUGAAUUUGCUGACAUCUUAUCCUGUUUCCUUUUUUAGGUAUAGUAAAGUGUUAGAUUAUUGAAAAUCAUCAAUUUUGUGAGUCCCUCACUUUCUAAUGAAUUGAAACCCGAAUAUAAGGCCUAAUUCCUCCCGUCAUAUCAAUGUGAGUAGGUAGUAUUAAGACAAUCGAACAUACGUUUCUAAGGCUCACUCGUCGGAUUUUAUUCCGAAGUCCUGCAUGUGGUAUAAUGACGUUAAACUUGUUAUGACGCGGGGAGUCCUAGAUCUGAUACUGGCACAUAAAGUGCUACUCGCUAUCCCCCUCCCAACUGACUACUUACGUAAGAAAACAACAGGGGAGGAGAACGUUUAUUGGGCUACCAAAUAACAUGCACAAAUACUCAAAUAUAUGCAUUCCUACCCUUUAGAAAACCAAUCUAUUUCUUAGCCAAUGGUAUGCAUAUCUGUCCUUUGGGUCAUUUCUGAUUGUCAUCAAGUGACCUCAUUUGGUUACCUCUGAUUGGCUCAUUGUAUCACGACUUACUCUUUGGGUUAUUAUUUUUAUUUAUUUGAACACUUAAAUAUUGGUGCAAGGGGGCACCAGAUAUUUAUGCCCCACACAAAACAAUGAGAAUGGGAAGAGAAAAAGAAUGUAAGAUGAGUAAAAGCAAAAAAAGAGAACAAUAAUAACUACAGAUUAGUGUAUGGUAGUGUAAUAAUAAUAAUGGGGGGAAACGGAAAGUACAGUCAGAAAGAAUUCUUCCAGUUAUGGAAGUUACAACCACUUUUUAUGAAGAAGGUUACAGCAGGAUCGCCACUGGCUUCUAUUUUGAGCCAUAUCUGAUAACGUCGCUAGCUACUGUGUUGCACCACCCCUAGGACCCCAACCAGGGAGUCGUGAAGAACCAACAGAAGCCAGCCCUUUGCAGCUUUCUUUCAUACCACGACACCAUGUCAUACACUGACCACCUAUCCGCUUUUUCCAACCAGUCCCAUAGUCGGCAAAUAAUGAACAACGUGGAAUUCUCUGGGACGACAUUCGUAGAACAUGUCCGAGCCACCGAAGUCGAUGUUUCAAGAUGGUAACACCAAUUGGAUUAUCGUCUCUGUGCCCGAACACACGAUGCCGAAUCUCUGCAUUACUAACAUGGUGUUGCCACUGAAUGUCAGCAAUCAUUCAGAGACAACGAUGAUCAAACACAGAGUCGUCUAACAUCCUCAACUCAAAGAGGCCAGGUUUCAUAAGCAUACAGAAAAACUACUCUCACCGACACGUUGUAGACCCGACCUUUUACAGUCAGACUGACAUCACGAAGGCGUCAAAGAUGGCCCAGAUUAGCAUACUCCGCUCUGGCUUUCACUAUACGUGCAUUGUUCUCAUCACUCACACCCCCACCAGCACUUAUGCAGCUACCUAGAUACACGAACUUCUCGACUACUUCUAUCUGCUCACCAUCCAGGGUGAGUACAGGAUUAGAAUCCUGCCAGUCUUGUAGAAGUACUUUGCACUUCGAAGGUGCAAAGCACAUAGCAUACCUACGGACACUGAUUGCCAACUGAUUAAGUGCGGAUUGCAUGCCUUGGGCAUUAUCGCACAGUAAGACAAUAUCAUUCUCAUACUCAAGGUCGAGAAGUCUUUCUUCAGCUAGUACUACGAUAUCUGUCGAACGAACUUUCUGGAUAAGAACAGUUAACUGGUGGUAGAAUUCAUCCUUGAUUACAUCCGGGCUGCAAUCUGCCGGGGCAUAGGCGGAAACGAUGAAAAGACAUCAUUUCUCACGCCGACUUCUCACUUUGAUGGAACUUUCUAGUCUAACAGCACAUAACCGACUGUUAAUGGAGAUCCAGUCGAUUAGUGCUGCCUCGUCCCGAACGCUUAGUGCGAUACCAAGGCCAGACGAAGUUGCGACAGUGUCCCCGGAUAAGCGCACGUAAAACAAGCCUUUUGAAGUGACAGAUGGAGAGCAAAUUUGUAGUACUUUACCAGAGUCUUGAAUACGGGUCUUGGAUAGACAACAGGCGUCGAUAUUAAGACUCUAAAGACAUAGCCAGCCCUGUCUGUUGUCUGACCUGCAUAAGUGUGCGAGUGUUGAAGGCAGCCAGUUUGAAUGGUGCACGUGGUUUCAGAAAAAACUGUUUCAGCAGUCGCAUUCGGUGGUAGCAUUCAUUUUUCGACCAGUCAGUGACUCGAGAUCGUUUAGAUAGAACAGAGUUUCCACCAUGGGCGAGCUGCUGUAUAAGUUGAAAAAUAAGGAUACACAAAGUGGGAAUAAAAAAGAGUGAAUAAAUGACGUAGUAAAAAAAGGGAGGAAAAAGAAAAUGUGAACCGUCUGACUUUUAAUCGAGACGAGAAUAGCAUUUUCAGUAAUUAUCGUCAUUUCAUUUUAUUUGUGUGUGGGCUGUGACACUGCCCGGACCGAAGCAGGUGGUUUUCUUAGGAGGCCACACCCCGAGCCUUUGACCUAAAGAUCUGAUCCACAAGGCAGUGGAGCAAAGUCAGGUUUUGCAGUCCCAUAGUAGCCGGUGACCAAUGGUUCGUUCAUACUCCAUUUGUCCCUUCAGGAUCCUGGAGCCCAUGUGCACCAUUGGUUUGGAAUCAGGGUUUCCCAACUCUCUGCUCGGUUAAAGCGCCGGGCAUUCGCUUUUCGUCCUUUCGAUUCUGUAGACAACACGCCCGCCAUGAGAAGGCAGUAAGUUGGACUUCCCUGACAGAGGCUGGAUACGCGUGGUCGUGCGAGUGUUUCGAGAGGGAGGGCGGGCUUUCCUCACUCUCGGCCGUACCAGGGCAUUUGGGGUAAGUUUCACAAAUAAAAAUAAACCAGAACUCAUAAAGUAUUCAUUGUUGUUUAUUCACACAAACCACAAUGACUUUUUCUUGUUGCAAUUCAUUGCUAAAUUUACAAUACGUCAUGUAGUAAAUGAGUAUAUUGAUAUUGCUUUCUUUUUAGCAUCACUUGAUCAAGAACUAUUCGCUCACCUCAUUAAUUUAUGUGAUACUUCAAAACAACAGUCAAACUUAAUUGAUUUAGGGAAUCACUCUCCUAGUAAUCAAAUCCUAAUAACGGAUGGAUUGGAUCCGUUUGAACAGAAUGGCGGUCAGUAUUACAUGUUUUCUUAUGCAGUGGCGUUGUUUUUGUUAGCAUGCAACUGGCACUUUUGUUCAGUUUAUGCGCUAAAUUCUUCUGAAACAAGUUCGCCAAAUUCAACAGACACCAAGACACCGUUAUUAAAAGCGUUACUAGCCAAACCUGUGUCAUCACGUUUAUUCCUUGAAAUAAUUAUUCAGACAUUUAAUCGUCACUUGGAUCCAAUCUUCAUGGUUACGUUUUUACCAAACGAUAAAAAUUGCGAUUCAGCAAAUAAUUUAACACAAUGGGCUAGCUUUGCUCGAUUUGAUGCUACUUGGACGACUUCGUCAGAAAAAAACUUGGAAGAUUUUAUUAAAAAGUUUGAAGCUAAUUCAUACUUGCGUAAAAAUACUCACAAUGAUUUGGAAUAUAUUCAAAGUCUUUGGACUCAUAAUUUAGGCCAAACAGCUGAGUUGGACAGUAAACCUGUCUUGCCUGUUAAUGCUAGCCUAAAUACACCAAAUGACAGUGUAGUAAAAUUUCUCUGUGAUCUAUUUUCGUACUCAGAUACUGGAGCUUUAAUAUAUCAGAAUGAUUUGGAUGUAAUCAUUGGAGUGAUAAACCGGAGGAUACGAGAUGAACCGAAUUCUGAACAUCUACCUCAUUUACUGCUACUUCUUAACCUGAUAUGUAUCAAUGCGAAUAUUGCGAAUAAAAGUUCUUUGAAAAUUAACGAUACCAUGGAAAUACUUGCACCUCUUUCACAAGCAUCUCUUAGUCCACGUUGUAAAACACUGGCGAUCGCUGCACAUCAACAAAUAAAAUCGGUUAUCUGUUCACCUGAUAGAAAGUAUUGAUUGUUUAUUAAUUGUUAACUUGAGAAGAUUUAUUGAUAAUUCGUAUUUCUGAACAUUCCUUUUUUUUCUUUCACAAACAAUUUUCAUUAUCAUCAGAAUUCCAAGUUUCUAAAUAGAACUCUUUAAAUAAUACUAUCCACAGAGUACUAAACAUGUUUAUUGUUAUUAUAAGAAAUACAAAAAUUAGAGAAACGAAUUAUUUUAUCAAAUUCAGUUAUUCUGAGCGAUAAACAACUAUAGAUCGUGCUUGGUAAGAUUUCAUUGAUGUCCUUCAUAGGUAGGUAGUAGUGGAUGUAGGGGAUUAGCUCCGAGAUAAUUCUUUAGGCUUCAUAUAUCAAUCGCCCUGAUGACCAUUAUUAAAUAAAUCCUGACGGUGUAUGAAUUUAGAAGGCAACACGAAGCGCUGACUACAGUUUUAUUAUUGAAUUGCACAGAUCACUAAGCCACAAGCAUACUAAGCGAAUUAAAAGUCGAA